AUGGUGGCGAAAACCAUAACAGAUGCGAGGAAGGGUCAACGCGGUAGGAAGCGGGCUGCGAGGCGACCUGAAGCCACAUGGUACAACAGAGGGGGAAGAGAGUUUGAAAUAAUGAAGGAAUGGAAAGACCGAUGGGAAGCCGCCCAGAACGAGUCACGGGACCGAACCCUUGGAUACUUUCCAGCGAACUCAGACCCAGUAUUUGAGAUGUCAGAUCUAAGGAGACACACGGACCUGAGGAAGCACGCAAGCACACUCCUCACACAGAUGAGAACCGAGAGAAUAGGGCUGAAGGGAUUCUUAUUCAAGAGGAACGUGCCCGAGGUGAACACGCCACUAUGCUACUGCGGGGAAGAUACAGAGGAUGUGUACCAUAUCAUCCUGGAUUGCCAGAGCUAUGAGGAUGAGAGGGAAAGGCUUAAGAAGAAGAUACCGAUAUGGGACCGCAGGGAUAUACGAACGGCCUUAACCUAUGCACCCUACACAUCAGUUCUUCCAAAAUUAAAUGAAACUGUUCUAUACCGAGAGGGCAACUGGGAAGUCAGGGCUAAUGCUCCCGAAGUGAAGUGA